AUGCGAGCAAGAGGAUUUCAGCUGUUCCUUUUAUUCCUUGACCCGACGACGCAUCGACACAUCAGAAGAGUCAUCGAAGGGUUCCCUCUCGCUCUGCGAUUUGGCUUGAGUGGAUCUGCCCCGAUUUCCAGAAAGGGUCGUUCACACUGUCGGGGCUUCAGAGGGAAAGGAUAUGCUGAUGUGAGAGAAGAAAAAGAACGGAGAGAAGGAGGCGGAGGAGGAGGAGGAGGAGGAGGAGGAGGAGACAGAAGAGGAGAAGGAGGAGGAGGAGGAGGAGGAGGAGGAGGAGGAGGCUUGGGUGAGGAGGUGAGGAUGGUUGGGCUUAGUGGCAGCAGUAGAGACAGGCGGCACACUCCCGCUAUAGGAUGUCCUCAUUCCAGUGGUGGGAACCGAUGA